UUCCUUUUCUGCCUUCCAAAGAAGCAUGCCAGAAGGUCUCUUGGCCAAUGAUUCUCCUGCAGCAAGCCGGACCUCCUCUCCCUCCUCCUCCUUCUCCUGAGAAGUUGCCAUCGCUUCCUAUGUCAGUGGCCACCAGGCCCGCAGCCAACUUGCUACUGUCCCCGCAGAAACCCCUCGGCCUGGGGUCAUCCUUGCCGCUCGCCCAGGAUGAAGAACUGCCUACGGUGGUGGAGCAGGACCCGGUCCUGGAGGAACUGUGCAAACCUUUGUGCUGCAGACUUUGUAACGUCACCUUGAAUUCUGCCCAGCAAGCCCAGGCUCAUUACCAGGGUAAAAACCAUAGCAAGAAACUUCGAAACUACUAUGCUGCCAAUAGUUGUCCAGCUCCUGCCAGAAUGAAUAGUUCUCUUGAGCCUGCCUCGCACCCGGUGGCUUCCCUUCCACCCCAGGGAGCCUCAUCCAAACCAGGAGGCCGUGUGAUUCUGGCCACCGAGAACGACUACUGCAAACUAUGUGAUGCUUCAUUUAGUUCCCCAGCAGUGGCCCAGGCUCACUACCAAGGGAAGAACCAUGCCAAGAGGCUAAGGCUGGCCGAAGCUCAGAACAAUUCGUUCUCGGAUUCAUCGGAAGGGAACAAACGGAGGCCGAGGAAGGAAGGGAACGAUUACAAGAUGAUGCAGAAUAGAAGGAACGUGUACGUUGUCCAGAAUAACACAGGCCCUUAUUUCAACCCGCGCUCUCGUCAGCGCAUCCCGCGCGACCUUGCCAUGUGUGUCACCCCCAGCGGUCAGUUCUACUGCUCCAUGUGUAACGCUGGCGCCAGCGAGGAGAUGGAGUUCCGGCAGCACCUGGAGAGCAAGCAGCACAAGAGCAAAGUGUCCGAGCAGCGGUACAAGAACGAGAUGGAGAACCUGGGCUAUGUGCAAUGAGACACGAUUCCCACUGGCCGCUCCCCCGCCCUUGACACGGGAGCGCCUUCUUGCCGCCCUCUGCUUGACCCACGCGCCCCGCUUCUGUGCUCUGCGCCUUCGGAGCCUCUUCUACAGCUCGCUCAGUGUUUCUAACCGCCUUCAUCCCUAACGGUGAAGUAAGGGGGUCCAAGGUUUUUU